GGCAAAACACACGUAGUAUCUAGUAAUAAUAAAAAAGUAUCGAUCUUUUUUCCUCACCCAAACAGAAGCUCCUCGAUUUCGUGCUUUUCAUUGCCAAGCAAACUCAGAAUCUACCAAACCCAGAUUAAUGGUAGAUGAUGGCUCAUCAAGUGAAAUUUCAUAUGCCUAACGAUGAUAGUUCAGUGACGAGGACUCUUCGGGCCUCGCCUAACCAUUUAAACGACAGACCCAGCUCCGAGUGUAAGGGGACAAGAAACAGUUUUGUUUCGUGUAGAAGUUUGGAUGAUUUGUUGUCUGAGUGUACUUAUAAAGGUGUGAGGAGGAAGACAUGGAAUGGGUUUGGAAGUAAAACCAGAACUAAUCUUGUUACUCCAGGGAACACAGUAAAGGAUGAUAGUGAUAGUGUUUUUGAAUCUCACAGUGAAAGACAAGAAUGUAGUGAAUAUCUGACUCAAGUAAGAAGAGUUUCUCCGUACUUCCAGCACAAACAAGGGUGUAAUUCUGAUAGUGAGUCUUCUAAAACGCAAAGUGGAAGCAGUACUAGGAAAGCUAAAGUCCGAAAAGUUUCUCCAUACUUCCAGGGAUCAACUGUUCCAAACCCGCCAAGAGAUAUGCGUCAAUACUUUAAGAUCGUGAAAGUUUCAAGAUAUUUCCAUGGCCUGUCUGCCCAAGUAAAUGAAUCACAAAAGGAGAUACCAAGAAGGGUGAGGAAAACUCCUCUUGUGAGCCAUUCUCUGUCUCAGUCUCAGAAGACUGAUGAGGCAUACCUGCGGAAAACGCCUGAUAACACAUGGGUGCCUCCGCCAUCUCCAUGUAAUCUACUUCAAGAAGAUCACUGGCACGAUCCAUGGCGGGUGCUGGUCAUAUGUAUGCUUCUCAACAAAACUUCUGGUGCACAGACGCGGGGGGUGAUAUCAGACCUGUUUGCGCUGUGUCCUAAUGCAAAGACUGCUACAAAAGUCGAAGAGAAAGAGAUAGAGACUCUGAUAAAGCCUCUUGGACUACAGAAGAAGAGAUCCAAAAUGAUAAAACGGUUUUCUCUCGAGUAUCUUCAAGAGAGCUGGACUCAUGUGACUCAACUGCAUGGCGUUGGAAAGUAUGCAGCGGAUGCGUAUGCCAUAUUCUGUAAUGGCAAGUGGGAUUGUGUGAGACCUGAUGAUCAUAUGCUAAACUAUUACUGGGAAUUCCUCAGGAUUCGGUUUAGGUUAUGAGUGGGAAGAAGAUUGUGCUGAUUAUAUUUUCUUUGCUCUGUUUUUUCUUUUUGUCACAAAUGUUGAAAAGUUGUAAAUGAUAGAGAUCUUAACUUAAUGCUUGUUUAAUCUUAUAUUGUAAUGUCUCUGGUAUCGUAUAUGAGUUCUUUAUGUGUUUAAUA